GACUUUUUUUUUUGGCCUAAUGGCUUCAGCAGAAAUAAAAUUUCUGCCAAUUUUGACUUUCAAAUGGUCUGGUAGUUUUAUUAUUGGUAUCAUAUUUUAUUCAUGCGUGAAGAUUGCAUGCGAUUACAAUUUACGUUUGCGACAGUAUGCUGACCCGCCAGUUUUUUGUGUUUAAUAUUUUCUUUUAAUUGUCCGAGCGUGAAUUUGAGCAGAGAAUAUUCAUUAUAAGGAGAGCAUAAAUAGUCUAUUGGCAAGUGCAGUUGAUGAUUUUAGUCAGUUCAACGCUGUUUUUACCAAGAUUGCAUCAAAGUGAUUCAAAGCGCAAAGGCCCACGUAUCUUUGGUGUCUGCUGUUAUUGGCGUGUCAUCAUGAAGUGGCCAGUUAUUGCUAGUUUGUUGGUUAUCGGUGUCGCCGUGGCAAAUGGCUACUGGGGCAGUCACUCCAGCGACGACCCCAGCUAUGCAAACUUAGGAUUUUACAUCCUUGAUAUGAAGUGCAAUGAUGCCGGAACUCACUGCCAGAAGUGCUACAUAGCGCAUUCCCAAUGGAACAUCGCACAUAUGCACGUAUUUGAGUUCACAGAGGAUCCCGCUCAGUUUAAGUUCUGGUGCAUCGAAGGCAACCAGGACUGGAAGAUAUCUAUCAUGCAAGCGGACCUGGCUCAACCGUAUCGUAUCUGCACUGCUUGGAGUAACUAUACGAUGGACGCACAACUUGCUAAGAUCGACGUGUGCGUGGACAACACCUUCGAGGGGGUGGAAGUGCCGCCUGAAUGCCCUAGACCCGUCUUCGUGGUCAGCUUGGAAUACUACGUGGCCGAUAAGAAUAUCCGUGGCCAACAAAAUCUGCUCUGUGCCACUCCAUAGAAUUAACCGAAGUCCGCAAAUUGGGCCAAUUUCAUUGAGCUGCUAAAGUGCUGGACUUUGCUUAGCAGAGAAAAUAUUUGCUGAGCAUUAACAGGGUUACCAGGCAAAAUGCCAUGUCAUGUACAUUACGUGUGACUGGUAAUCUGCUGAUUUCUUUUAGCAUGUACAUUUGUUAAGUAAUAUUUUUUGGUCAGCAGCUGUGUGAGACUUGGCCCUGCUAUGCAUAGAGGUAUCAAAAUGGGAUUGAAAAAAAAAAUUAGACAAAAACCCAAUCUUGUAACCCAAACUCUUGGGGGCGGCAGACUCAUUUUGUUUUUCAAUAAUAGCUUAACGCUGCCGCCAAGAGUCGGAAAUUCCAUGAAUGCAACGUACUUCCCAUUUAUGAAUCGAGUAUUUUUUCGUUCGCCAAUCUUAAGCAGAAAUUGAUCAAACGGUUCAUUUUACUAACAAAUUAGAAGCUAUAAAUCUUCAUAAAUAUUUCAUUGGGAAUACAAUUAUUUUGAAAGGACAAAAAAGUAUUAACGGAUAAAGAUGUACUGAGCCUGACCGACGACAAUGAUAUAUCUUGUUCGAAUUUAGAACGGUUUUUACAGAUGGGUAUUCGGAAUUUUUAAUUCGAUGAGUUAUUUUUUCGGGACAUCAAUUACUCGGGUAAUAAAGGAAAUAAGGUAAAUGCCUGCACACGGUUUGAGGGCGACUUGUCUUAAAAUGUAGACAAAAUGUAAGAAUGCAAACAUAAUGAUAUCCGCUUCGUGCUUCAUCGCGUCGAAACUGCGUUCAUUGUAUGAAAAUUGCCUUUGUUGUUGGAAGACAGACAGACGCAUUUGUUUGCUCAUGUGCUUCAAUAUUUGUUGCCAAUUUUGAUUCAUUGACUUUUAUUAAGAGGUUUGCGGAUUUAUUGUUUAAGUGAUAAUAGGGCCCGUGCUGUGAAUCAUACAAUAUUAAUGUAAGUUUCCAUUUCAUAUUUCGAUAGUUUGGGCAAAAAGGGUCAUUUAUUGUGGUAAAAUUAUUAAAACAUUAAAUUUGGUUCA